CUCUCUCUCUCUCUCUCUCUCUCUCCAUAAAUCCGCAAUCCACCUUUCCUAUAAACCAUCUUUUCUUUCACAAUACAAAAACCACUACCCUCACUCCUACAGUGGCCACUUCACUUGUUUUUUUCCGACCAGACUAGUCAUAUCCUCACCUUUGAGAUUUUUGUACCCUUCUCUGUCUCUCUCCUUCUCUCUCUCUCAAGCAUUUUCUUCUCUUUGUCUUUGUUGUACUGGCCCGUCCCAUCCACUGGAUCACAAUCUUCAUCUUGUUAACGUUACUUUGUAAAAACCAGUAGUACUCGUCUUGAUCUGGGUCAAUUUUUACAAUCCGAGCACUAAAAUUAUGUCACUGGACAUGAUGGCCCCCGAACGUGUUUGUUAUGUUCACUGCAACUUCUGCAACACCAUUUUAGCGGUAAAUGUUCCAUGCAGCAAUUUGUUGAACAUUGUAACUGUUAGAUGUGGGCAUUGUUCUAAUCUGCUGUCAGCUAACAUGGGAACAUCGCUUCAAGCUGUCGUUCCUCCUCAAGAGCCCCAGAAGCAUGAGCACCUGAGCCCUGAAGACUGUGGGUCAUCAUCCAAAUGCAGCAAGUUGUCUGCAUUUGAGACUAUAGAGCAUGAACAACCUAGAAUGCCUCCCAUCCGCCCCCCAGAGAAGAGACAACGGGUUCCUUCAGCAUAUAACAGGGAGGAAAUCCAAAGGAUUAAGGCUAGUAAUCCUGACAUCAGUCACAGGGAAGCUUUCAGUACGGCUGCAAAAAAUUGGGCACAUUUCCCACACAUUCAUUUUGGGUUAAAGCUGGAUGGUACCAAACAAGCAAAGACGACGACGUUGGACCAGGCAUUUGCAGAACCAGAGGGAACUCAAAAGUCUAGUGGAUUCUACUAAAAGGAAAAUGGCAUCCUGUGAGUAGCUACACUAGCCAGCAUGCAGCUAGUUUUUCUAUGCAAGUACUGAAAAGUAUUGAGGUUGAUGUUAACCAAACAGCAGGAAGACAUGAACCUCCAUCCCCCGUGUUAAUUAUUAUAUUAUAUGUGUGUUUAGUUUUUGCAACUACUGCUGAUAAUUGAUGAUAAGUGCUGGCUGCUAUAUAUUCUUGUGAUUGCAUUUA